CCACCCAAGUCCCAAACCAACCCUAAUCAAUUUUUCUUGGAUAGAGAUACAGCUGUCGACGCCUCUCUCCCCCACUUCACUGCUGAAUGCCGAGACUGCCGGCAGCCCAGUCGGAGACAACCCUUCCCUCUCCCCAGUCGGCGUCGGCGACAUCUCCUUUCUCUCCUCAGUCGACGACAACUCUUCCCUCUCCCCAGUUGGCGACAACUCCUUUCCCUCUCUUCCCAGUUGGCGUUUCUUUCUUUCGUUGAAUCGGUUAUUCUAGUAAUCAAGAUUUGACUGGAACUCUCUUCAGGCUUCAGUCCCAUCUGGUUCUGUCUCUAUCCCCUCACUAGAAGCACCAGAAUAUUCAUCUGAAUCAUCAAAUUUUGUAUCUGAUGCCUUAUUCAUAUAUGGAGGCAUCCCUUUCAUGGAUGGAUCAAUGAUUUCAUCUGUUUGACCAAUAACCAAGAUUAGGCACCAAUUAUAUUGUUUAAUAGCACAACCUUACAAGAAUAGAAGAAAAUAGUGCCAUGCACCAUCAAGGUAGCUGAUGAUGAUUCUAAAUGGGUGUGCCUCGCCUCCUGCUGCUGGGUGUGCUUUUACAAACACCAGGACAUGUAAACCCAUGCAUAGUAGCCUGUUAUCUGCAUGUGUUCCUCGAUCGACUCCCAAGGCUGCAUUCUUAAAUAUCAGGAGUUCAUUGUCUUCAGUUCAAGAUCUUACAUCUAAAUCCCGAUCAUGUAGAGGUUUGCCAUUAUUGCACCUUUCUUCUUCGUCAACCCCACUCUUAAGUGGUGAUCAAGGUAGAAUUUGGCACACUAUUCCCUCAUUACCAAGGCAACGAAAAUCAUAUGAGUGCCCUCGAGCAUCAAAAGAUGUCCCUUCCAGUUUUCGCUAUCCUCCAAUGACCAAGAAGCCAAGAUGGUGGUGGAGGACUUUAGCAUGUCUCCCUUAUUUGAUGCCUCUUCAUGAGACAUGGAUGUAUGCUGAGACAGCAUAUCACCUGCACCCAUUCCUUGAAGACUUUGAAUUUUUGACAUACCCAUUCCUUGGAGCAAUUGGCAGUUUGCCAAGCUGGUCCCUGAUGGCAUAUUUCUUUGUUGCGUAUCUUGGAAUUGUGAGGAGGAAGGAAUGGCCACACUUUUUCAGAUUUCAUGUAGUGAUGGGCAUGUUGUUGGAGAUUGGUCUCCAAGUGAUAGGGACUGGGACCCGUUUUCUGCCACAUGGUUUUUACUGGGGUAAACUAGGCAUGCAUUUUUGGACAGCGUUUGCAUUUGCUUUCCUUUUUACGGUCUUGGAGUGCAUACGGUGUGCUCUUGCUGGUAUGUAUGCUGAUGUCCCUUUUGCCUCUGAUGCAGCAUACAUCCAAAUCCCUUAUGAUUAAGAAGUAUAAGAACAAAAAGUAGUGAGUUCUUUCAAUUUUCUGUUUGCGUUGGAAACUUCUUGAGCUGAAUGACUGGGGAAGUUCUGUUCCAAAUCUUUCUUGUUAUUACUGUAUGAAUGUCGCUUUGAAGGUUUAUAACAUCCCCGUGAUCUUGCAA